ACCGAGCUCGAAGUUCACACUGCCGCCUCAGUGACGGGAGCUGCCUCUGCUUCUCUGGAAGCUUCUGCUCGAAUCCUCCGACCUGUCUCAUCCGAUUUCUCUGUCCUCGCUCUUUCUGCGCGCGCCCGUGUGUGUGUGUUUGUGUCUCCGCGCCUUCUCCCCACGACUUCACUCCGAAACCUGCCUCGGCUUCGGUCCGCCUUUUCAUCCCGCUCUCCGCUACCCGUCUGGCUCCCUCUAUUUUUCUAGUGGGGAAAAGUUCUCCUUUCAUUUCGCCUCAGUCCGAACCGUGUCUCUGGGACCUCUGGAUCAGCUACAUAGGUUCACUCCUCAGCCCCACUCCUCCCCCAAAGUCCCAGGAAGGUGGCUUCCUUCCUUAUUUCUCCAACCCGUUUUUCAUUUCUCCAUCUCUUCUGGAUUGGGGCAUUCCUGCCUUCCCUCUUUGCCCCACAGAGUCGCUACCAGGAAGACCCUAUCCUGCCCUGCCUGCUUACCUGUAACUAACUUUAUUCGGGCUGCCAGAGGGGACAACAUCCCUCCCCCCCUUUAUCCCUUUUGUCUAGAGAAAUUGGCUCUCCUCCUGUGUGUCUUCCCUGUUUGGUAUGUAACCAAAUUGCAUUGCUUCAUUGCUUGUUGCCUUCGCUGCCUAAUCGCACUGAGGACAGUCCUCUCACCUUUUUUUUUUUUUUUGGCAACACACGUAAAAAAAAAUCUUCUUUUCUCUCUGAUCAACUUCUCUGGCCUGUGAUAUUUCCACUUUGUUGAUAAUCAGUGUGACGGUUUGUUAAGACUUUCUGACUACCUGGAGGCAAACGCCCAGCCUUGCCUCCAUUGUUGUAUGUCUUACUGAAGGGCUUUUCCUCUCACCUAAUGUUUUAAGUUCUGCUGCUGCUUUGAAUGUAACUUUUUUUUUCCUGAUUACCCUAAUAAUUGGAAAACGGCAAGUCUUUCCUAAUCAGAAUUCUUUUUAUCGCUAUCAUUAUCUCAGUGCGGUGUGGGUGAUAUUAGUAUUUGGAGAACUAAGGAGGAUGCCAAGGAAACUGCUGUUACCUUAUAAAUCUGUGUUUUCUCACUCUCGAGUUCGAAGGGGGUUGCAUGAUUCUUUGGCAAUGAAUGCAGCCAGAAGUGGCUACCGGGUCUUCUCAGCAAAUUCCUCAGCAGCCUGCACAGAACUAGCCAAGAGGAUCACUGAGCGUCUUGGUGCUGAACUUGGAAAAUCCGUGGUGUACCAAGAAACUAAUGGAGAAACAAGAGUUGAAAUAAAAGAGUCAGUCCGAGGACAAGAUGUAUUCAUUAUUCAGACAAUUCCCAGAGAUGUGAACACUGCAGUAAUGGAACUGUUGAUUAUGGCUUAUGCACUGAAAACAUCCUGUGCCAAAACCAUCACAGGUGUAAUUCCCUACUUCCCUUAUAGCAAACAAAGCAAAAUGAGGAAGAGAGGCUCAAUAGUCUGUAAACUCCUUGCUUCCAUGUUGGCCAAAUCAGGUUUAAGUCACAUCAUCACUAUGGAUCUUCAUCAAAAAGAAAUACAGGGUUUUUUUAGCUUUCCUGUUGAUAACUUGAGAGCAUCACCUUUCUUGCUUCAGUAUAUUCAGGAAGAGAUUCCUGAUUAUAGGAAUGCAGUUAUAGUAGCAAAGAGUCCUGAUGCUGCUAAGAGGGCCCAGUCUUAUGCUGAACGACUGCGGUUAGGCCUGGCAGUUAUCCAUGGAGAAGCUCAGUGCACAGAACAAGACAUGGAUGAUGGACGUCACUCUCCUCCAACAGUAAAAAAUACUACUUUGUGCACUGGCCUGGAGCUACCCUUUAUGAUGGCCAAAGAGAAACCACCCAUAACAGUAGUUGGAGACGUUGGAGGUAGAAUUGCCAUAAUUGUGGAUGACAUAAUUGAUGAUGUUGAAAGUUUUGUAGCAGCUGCUGAAAUCCUGAAAGAACGUGGCGCUUACAAAAUCUUUAUCAUGGCCACUCAUGGUCUCUUGUCUGCUGAUGCUCCACGUCUAAUUGAAGAGUCCUCAAUUGAUGAGGUUGUGGUCACCAAUACAGUUCCUCACGAAGUACAAAAACUGCAGUGUCCCAAGAUAAAGACUGUGGAUAUCAGCUUGAUCCUCUCUGAAGCUAUUCGCCGAAUCCACAAUGGGGAGUCUAUGGCUUACCUCUUCCGCAAUAUUACCAUGGAUGAUUAAAUUUAUUUUUUCUCAUUCUACCAUCAGUUUCCUCAAAGAGAAGGGAAAACAAUAUGUAUAUGAGCAAGAGUGCCAUAAAGUUGAUUAUUUUAAAAAAUAUAACAGGGCUGAGUAUUUUGAGCUGAGGUUCACAAAUCCUGCAUGGAGACUGGAUCAGGGUGCAGGUAGGCAUUGGAAUAUAUUGUUAAAACUAUUUGUAUGAUGCUAGUUGUGGCUGUUUGCUCUUAUUAUAUCUUGUGUAUCAUGAGAGGCAAUUGGGGGAUGACUUUAACAGUGCACUGAGAUUUGCUCUACCUGCAUAUCAUCAAAUCACACAAAAAUAUUUUUUCCUUGCCAUCUUUGGAGCCAUUUUUAACAUCAUGGUAGCAGCAAAUUAAACGGUUUCCAAUGAUUUAUUUCCAUCAACAAUAACUUGGUAUGAUGCUAUCUGGUUUCAAAGUUGAGGUAAAAAGUUGAAUGUGCUACCUCUUUUUUGUUAGAGAAUAUGUUGUAAUCCUGACUAGCUGCUUGAAAGAGAAUAUAUAAUGGUUAUUACAGUGUGUGCUAAAAUGUAUAGUUCAAUGGGAUUUGUAUUCUGUGUUUGUGUAUGGCACAAGAUGGAAAUUUUAGUUAGAAGAUAAAGAGAAUUCGGUGCAACCCUAUCUUGUGCCAUACACAUCUUUAUUCACUGGUAUAGAAUGGUUAACCUAGUGAAAUGAUCUCUGAUUUUUAGAGCACUAAGUUAGUAAUCACACACACGCUACAGUAUUUUAACACUAAGGCCUUUACUGGGAUGAUUGAGCCUCUUUUCCAGUGCAGUGAUUCUUGAGCAUUUUAUUAGGCAUUUAGCUUCUGGUUUAGAAGUAAAACUAUCUACUUCCACACAGUUUCCUUUUUUCCUCUGGUAUGUGUUCCUAGGAUGCCAAAAUUUCAUCUCUUGAAUUUACUCCAGAGGUCUCUUCUCUGCUUUGAAUUUGCUUGAUUAAUUGUUGCAUAUCUUCAGAGCUUCAGACUAGAAAAUUAGAUCUUGAUGUCAUCUAUUGCAAGUUGUUUGAAUUAGGUUUGAAUUGCAUAUAUGAUAGCAAAAGGGAAGCAUGUUUUCCUUUUUCCACAGAACACACCUUGAAUUUUCUAAAAUAUAAGAGCAUCAACUUCCUUCAGAAAAGUUCAUGAAGCCAUCCAUUCUUAAUGCCGUUUUAUUUCAACUUAUAGGAAGGCAAGAAGUGGAUUUGCGAAAAAUGCUACCCACAAUGCAGAUAAGCCUAAAUCAGACCAAAUUUUACUCAGCUUCCUUAACCUAUAAUUUUUUGGAUUGGUUUGUUUUGCUUCUUUGGGGAUUUAUUGAUUCCUAUAUCUGCUCCAAUAUUUUGUACCUUUUCACACUUAAAUUGGAGACAAUGUAUUGGAAGUGUUUCCCCCCUUCUUCCUCCCGCCCCAUUAUUUUGCACUUCCUUGUAUUCCUUAUCUUGCUGCUCUUCUAGCCAUUCCAAUUCAUUUUGGCCUCUUCAACUUGCAGUUCUUUGUCUUUUUAAAUUUGCUAUUAUCUGUCUUUUCAGUUUAGUAAAAUGUCCUUUUGAUUAGUGUUCUUUGGCAGCUUGAUCAUUACAAGAAAUGCCUAAAAUAGGGUUUCUGGAUCCUGCAUGUAAUGAUUAAAAUAGUGGGAAGACUUGCCUUCAAGAAAUUGAUGCUUUUUUACAUCUUUUCUCAUUAAUACUGUUAUUACAUAUAACCUCUAAAAAGUAUACAUGCAACCAUCAUUUUUCUCGUAGCCCAGAUGCUUUAUUUGUUUAAACAGCUCUUCAUACCUCAUCCCUUAUAUAAAAGAUUUCUCAGUUGUAUUGACCAUAUUGAAGUCGUGUUCUCUUUUCACAAAAUUUUUAAAAGUAUUUAAUACCAGGCAAGGUAUAAAUCAACUGUUAACUCAUAAAUAUUGUUAUUAAUUAUCCCAUUAUUGUGAUUUUCUUACUAACAGUGUUAAUCACUUAAUGGUAUUAUAGCAUCUUAUAUAUUAUUGUCCAAGUCUUCAUGAUCAUGGAAAUAUUGUUCACCGCUUUAGUGUAUAUUGUUCUCAUAUUCCUGCUUUAAAGGAAGAGAAAAAGAUUAUUCUUUGCUAUAGCCAACCUAGUCCCAAAACAUGGGUAAAUAUGAAUCUUAAGAGCAUCUAAUUCACUAAUAAUAUCAAAAGCACAGCCAUAGCAAUAGUCAACAGUUAUAUGCUGAAUGCUGAAAGUACAGAAAUAUUACCCCAGAUUCACAAGCAAUAUAUGUUGGCACAACUAAUUAAGUGCCUUAACUAUGGGAUGGUGAUUCUAAUGCACAUCAGUGAUUGCCAGAAGAGAUCUCACAUGAUCUUCUAGACAGAUUAACCAAAAACAACUAAUGUUAUCUCAGAAGGUUUCUCUGCAUGACUUAUAAAAAAAUAUAGGCAAGAUAACAUAACAUUCUUUCUUUGUUUACUAUUGAGAAAAGGGAACUCUUCUUAAUUUCCCUUACAUUUUUUCACCCAUCGAAGCAUAUUUAAGUAACUUUCAAUUCAUAUUCAAGGAUAAAGAAGACUGGAAGUCCAGAAAGGGUCUUGGCUGUUCAGCAAACCAAUCCCUUUGUUUAUCUAUACCAGCUUACAACUCAGCUACCUUUUUACAUAUCUCUCACGAGUGCAGAGAUAUGUAAAUCUAAACAUGGGGACAUCUUGUUCUUAUUUCAGUCUGGUUAACAAAUCAGAGUAUUCUGAGGUAAAAAGCAAUAUUAUGAGGUAGUCUCACAAAUCAUAAAUGAUGACUGAUUUAGAAAAGUCAUGUUUAAUCCAUUGUUAUGAUUUUCAUAGGUUGGUCUUAGGUUCAAAGUUCAAACACUUCUGAUUUUAAGUCUCUACUUUUUAAGGGUAAACAGUAUUGGCUGAACUGUAGGUGAAGUCCAGAAAUGUGAUUUCUAAACUCAAACAAAUGGAGAUUUAUGCUGCAUGUUUAUUACCUGUUUUACAACAAUCAAUGGCAUCCAUAUAUAGUCGAGUAAAAAUAUAGAUCUAUGCAAAUACUGCAGCAUUAAAACAAUAUUUGGCAUUUUGAUCUGCUUUAAGCAAAUUGUCAUGGUCAUGAAGUUCAGAUCACAGAUUCCAGAGCAAGAGUGAUGACUGAUUAGGAUUAAAGUAACAUAAGUCAGGCAUGGCAUUUAUCUUUUGUGAGAUAGUAUAAAUAUGUCCUUAUUAAGCACAGAAAUCUAUCUGCUUUUAAACUGGUGGAAUUUUUAAAUAAAGAUGAAAAAGGAAUGCCUCUCUUGUUAUACCACCCUGAAUUCAUGGGAAGAUUCUGCCUCUUAUUAAGCUAUCUUUUGAAUCCUUUUGUUAGUUCAUGGCUUUUUAAGAAGCUUGAUUUUAGAUUUAUAAUUCUCCCAUAGUAUUGGAGAUCUCAGUGUCAGCAACCAAAUCUUCUGAUUAUGAUUUUAUCUUUCCUGGUAUAACCUUCCUAACAUUUUAUUAUCCUCAAAACUGUGUGCAAGAUCCUAUUUUAAAUGGAUACCAAAGCUGCAAUGGCAAGGCUUGGGAUAGGGUUUGGGUUGUAAUCUAGCUAGUGAUCUGAUAAUGACAGUUUUAUAAGGCAAGUGUUCCUUGGCUUUUUAAUCAGAUAUUUAAAAUACCUUUUUCAAAUUCACUCCUUGGUCUUUAAUAGUACAAAUAUUUCCUCUCCUUCAUACUUCUGUCUUGUUUUUGUUCUGCACUUCAUAUAGGUAUAAAGGGAAGGGGAGCAGCUUAAUUAAAUUAGUAGCUAAUUAAACUCCCUUAAGUUGAGGAUGUGAGACAAGAUGAAAUAAGUUGUCAGUUUGGUUUCUGAAAUAUUCUGACCCAUGAGAAAAUUGGUUAUGGACAACACAAUGUGAAACAAGAGGGAGCAAAACCACAGGGCUUCUGAAAAAUUAAAUAUUAAUCAUUUUGAAGAGAAGAUGGGCCAUUAUAUUUUAAUUAACAUUCAAGUGACUGUAAUUGGUAACUUUCCAAAACAACAAAAAGAGUAAUACUCUUGAACAUUUCCCCAAACGUAAGAUACUGAGUUCAGAAAACCAAUGCUUCAAUAAGGGAAGUGCUAAAUUGAAGGAAAACAUGGAGAUACAUAUGUAAGGGAUUCAUAGCUAACAAGUGCAUGCUAAAGUACAAUUUAGAUCUAACACAAUGUGAAAUGUCCAUUGUUUGUAGGCUGCACAUAUUCAAUUCAAAGCAAAAUUUAAAAAUAGAUCAUGUAAAAACACAAAAAUGAAAGCUGAAACAAUUUUCAAUCUAGUACAAUGCCCACUGCCUUUAUAGAAGUAGAUGCAAUUGAACUACUAGCCUACUAGCCUAUUUCAUGUAAUGCUAGUUUUAGUGCUACUUGUUCUUUGUUCUCCAUUUAAAUCUGAAGUUUGAAGAAAUAUUCCUUUGUCGUCUUUGGUGCAUCAUUAUAGUUCUAAAAGUAGUUCCAUAAAUGAAGGGGAGAUGAUGUAUUCAGAAUAAUUUUGCAAUGCUUAAUCAGUGAGAAGUGACUUCAUAUUUUUGAAGUCCAUUGAUGAUGCAGUGGGUAGUAUAAAAAGCUACUGCCAUGUCCACUUGUUCAGUUAGAGAUCUGAUAGGAUUUUUUAUGAAUCCAAUAUAUAUCAAGCCUGAUUAUUGCAGCUUGUUCUCAAUUUUACAUGCUUGCUUCUAGGAGCCUCAAACCUUUUAAUUAUCUUCUAAUAAAUAUAUACAGAAGCAUAUUAUCUUUUCAGUUUUGGAAUGAAAGAACAUACAAGCACUGUGUAGUAUUUUUAUGACUUUGGAGGAGCCAAAUCCUUAUAACUCACAGUUUCAUGUCUUCCUUAGAAUCUCCAUUCAAAUGGUUAGGCAAAUGUUUUAAAUAUUCUACCCUUUCCAGUGUCUGAGCUACUGCAGUUACAUAAUGUUGAACGUGAUAUUAAAUGAGAUCCCCUCUUUAAAUGGUCAAAUUGAUUAAUUGAUUUAUCUGUCACCUUACCAAAAGAUCACUCAGGACAACUGGCAGUUUAAAAGUGACUCGGAAAUUCAAAGUAAAAACGAUAAAAACAUUUAAAACAUGAAUAUUAAAAGGACCAGUAAAGGCUUGGCAAAAAGAUGCAUUUUUACAGAUUUACUAAAAAUACGGAGUAGAAUGGAACUUAAAGCAAUUUCCAUGAGCGAUGCAAGAGAAAAUCUUUUCCCACGUGCCUGAUAGCAAGAUUUUGUGAGCAAUAGGGAUUAUCGUCCAAAAGACCUCCAGAUCUUACCUCAGGUUUUUAAUGGGAAAGGCAAUCUAUCAGCUGCUUAAUUUUAAAUUGCCAUGGAUAAUACCAGUAGUAAUUUGCAACUUCCAGUCAACUAGAGAAGGGGCUGUAGAAUCUACCCCAGAUAUGUCAUUUGGUACAACUUUUGUAUACUCCAGAGAACAUUGGAGCUGGGAAGGCUAAGAGGCUUAAUUGAUUACUAUGAAUGAUAAGGUCAAAGUUACUGGUUAUCCCUCAUGUAUUUAAGAAUUCAUUUUUACCUUCAGUUGGGGUACUUUAAGAUCCUUUGCAGAUUGUAGCCAGGUCUUUUAAGAAGUCAGUGCAGUUCUGGGUUUUGGGUCGUGUGUCCUCUUCCCUUACAUUGACUGAUGCUGUUUACCAAGGCAAGGGUGAAGUGUGUGAACAAGAGGAAAUUCAGAGUUUAUUUUGGCAGGUAAGAGCACAAUACUUGGUACUAUACUUGAAUCUGGCUCUGUGCUCCAUUUGAUGUGGUGUGCUGCCAUCUGCAGGACACAUGAGAAUCUUAAUGUUCAGAUGCUGUUUUAAGCAUAAUUAAUGUCUCAAACUGCUUCCUACCCAUAUUCCCCCAUAAGUGAAAGUUUUAUCAUGACUUCUAAGUAAAUUCAUACAGGGUCAAAAUCAAUUGCCUUUGGCUGCCGUGGGACUUAGAAAAAUAGGUGAGGGGAUAUGUCAAUGGAACAACCUAUGAAAGGGAAACAAGGAGAAUUUAUUUUUCUGUUGCUCUGAUAUUGAAAAGCAGACUUCCUUUCCAAAUGGCUGCCCUCCAGAUGCAAUGAAUGCCAUCUUCAGUGUGGUGCAAACCAACAGGUCCUUGAUACUUACUAUCUCUCACAUCUCCCCUCGGUGGUCAUAGGAUCUUCAACUUGUUUCAGAAAAAAAAUGUCUUACAGAUGUCUACAUUCCUGAAAAUAUACAGAACUAUAUGUUCCAUUCUGGUCUUACUGCUUCUCAGCUCCAAGAGCAUCACAGUGGCUGGGCAGCGUCCAUUUAAAUACCUUGUUUGUUUGACAUGGCAAAUGGCUUCAUCUCCCUCACAGUCAAUCAGGCUAGAAGUGCUGUUUUGAUUAACACGAGUAGCAAAUAUGGCAAAGAAAUCCUCUUGAUCAUCCAUUAUACUCUCGGAAUUCAGCAGGGACUUCCUUCUCAUUAAGAAACAAAUAUUUAGCAUGAAUUUAUGUAUUUAUUACAUCAAUAUGUAUAGAUACCCAUCUUGCAAUCAUGACUCCAGGCAGCGAACAUAGGAGAAAAAAACCAAAACUAAUGAAUAGUAGCAUGAACAGUGACACAAUAAUAAUAUAAUCACUGUUAUUAAAACAGAAGUAGAUACUAGCAUAUGUCUGCCAAGUAGUAAAGUAUCUGUCCUGUGGUAUGAGAGUAUGCCUGGCUUCAAUGGGAAGUACAGAAGACAGUUGCUACUCUUUCACAUCUUAUUACGAAGAUAUCCAAUUAUAGGUUAGAAAAACUUCACAAAAUCUAAUGUUUCUUUUCCAGCAUCAAGAUGCUGACCUUACAUAGGUACAAACUCUAUACAAUUAUAGAACAGUUAUAUGAUCAAUAAAGUUCUUCCAAAUUGA